UUAAUACAUUAAAUUAUGGUGAUUUAUAUAAAAGAGCAUUAUUUUUUGAUAUACAAAUUAAUAGUGAUAAUGAAAUUGUAUAUUAUAUGACUAUAAAAAUUGAAAAUUCUUCACAAUCAUUUAAUGUUAUGCUUGAUGCUAGAUCUGGGCUCUUUGGAUUUUUGUUAUAUCUU